UUGUUUGAUUAUAUCGCCUUAACAUUAUUCCAAUUCCAAGAAAACAAACAAACAAACAAAUAGUAUAUUCAUCCAUCUCUCUCUCUCUCUCCUAAUCGCAAUCAAAACGGCUUCUGCAAAAAAUGCUCCAUCUCUUCUCCCUUACUUAUCUUCUUCCUCUGCCCAUUCUCGUAGUCAUCCUCACGCAGAUAAUUAGCUUUAUAUCUUCAAGAAGACAGCAUCUUCCUCUUCCUCCCGGUCCUAAGCCAUGGCCUAUCUUAGGCAAUAUUCUUCAAGUUGACAAAAAGCUCCAUAUCUGUAUAGCCAACUUUGCCAAAGUAUAUGGUCCUCUAAUUUCACUAAGGCUUGGUAAUCAAGUCCUUGUUGUUGCAUCAACUCCUUCUUCAGCUGCUGAAGUUCUCAAGAAUCACGAUCGUUUGCUUUCUGCAAGAUUUAUACUUAAGGCAAUUCCAUCAGAGUCUCACAUCCUUGAACGUGUAGCUAUUGUUUGGAAUCCUGCUUGUAAUGAUCAUUGGAAAUCGCUCCGUGCCUUGUGCAGGACUGAGCUUUUCUCUCCGAAAGCAAUUGAAUCACAAGCCAUUCUAAGGGAGAAGAAGUUGGCAGAGAUGCUGGAAUUCUUGAUUACCAAACAAGGACAGGCGGUCAAUGUUGCUGAAGUUGUUUUCGGUACUAUUUUCAAUACUAUUUCUCAUCUUUUAUUCUCAACAGAUCUAAUUGGCUUUGAAAAUCAAAUUGGUGGAGUCAAAAGCUUGCUAUGGAGCAUGAUGGAGAUGGCCACUUCUCCAAAUAUAGCUGAAUUUUAUCCUAUUUUAGCACCAUUGGAUCCUCAGGGGCUUAAAAGAAAGAUGACAAAAUGCCUUAAAGAAAUGUUUGGCGUGUGGGAAAUAUACAUCAAAGAAAGAAGACGAACACAUGAUCAUGAUCAUGCAGCUCCCAAAACAGAUUUCUUGGACAUUUUCCUUUCAAAUGGAUUCGAUGACGACCAAAUCAAUUGGUUGGUUAUGGAAUUGCUGAGUGCAGGCACAGACACUACUAGCACAAGUGUUGAGUGGGCAAUGGCCGAACUUCUCAAGAACAAAGAAGCCAUGAAGAAAGUACGUGAAGAGCUAGACAGAGAAAUCAACAAAAAUCCAAUAAAAGAAUCUCAUGUUUCUCAACUUCCAUAUCUAAAUGCAUGUGUGAAGGAAACACUAAGAUUACACCCUCCUGCUCCAUUUCUCAUUCCACGCCGCGCUACCGAGAAUUGUGAAGUUAUGAAUUACACCAUUCCAAAAGAUUCACAGGUAUUAGUGAAUGUCUGGGCAAUUGGGCGCGAUCCAUCUGUUUGGGAAGACCCGUCUUCGUUUAAACCUGAAAGAUUUCUUGGAUCUAGUUUAGACGUAAAGGGUCAUGAUUUUGAGCUAAUACCUUUCGGAUCAGGAAGGAGGAUUUGUCCAGGUCUACCAAUGGCUACAAGGCAACUAUCAUUGGUUUUGGCAUCUUUGAUACAUUGCUUUGAUUGGUCUCUUCCAAAUGGUGGUGAUCCUGCAAAGGUGGACAUGACCGAAAAGUUUGGCAUAACAUUGCAGAUGGAACAUCCUCUGCUCAUUAUUCCCAAACCAAAACUAUUAUAAAUUCGAGAUUGCCUUUGUUGUAAGAUCAUCAGUUUAUCCAUCUGGCAUUGUCUUAGCUAUUAGUAUUACGUAAAUGCCCCUCCUUUUCUUUUUCUGCAUAAGUAAUGUAAUGGUUAUACGGACUAUACUAGUUGUUAGCAGAUCUCGUUAAGAUCGUUUCUUUU